CAACAGCUCAUCAAUGGUUUCGGCCGAUUCAGCUUCAAUCGCUUUUUCAAUUAUUCCAUCUAAUCCAACAUGGCAUGCCUCGAAGGCAUGGCGCCUUUCCAUGUCCCCGAUGCGGGAAAGGAUGUCCAGACGUGGUACAAAGUAUUUGGGGACUUGACUGGCUCGCAAGUGGCCUUGAUCGCACUACAUGGAGGGCCGGGCAUUCACUCUUCGUACAUGGCGCCGCUGGCCGACCUGGCAUCUCAUCACAACAUCCCCGUCGUGCUAUACGAUCAGGUUGGCUGCGGCAACUCCACGCGCCUAGCACACAAGAACGGCGACCACACCUUCUGGACCGUCGAGCUGUUCGAGCGCGAACUCGAUAACCUCGUCCAGCACCUCGGCAUCAAGCAAUUCGACCUCCUCGGCCACAGCUGGGGCGGGAUGCUAGGCAGUGUAUAUGCGGCGAAGAAGCCCCCGGGCCUCCGCAAACUCGUAAUCGUGAGUUCGCCGGCGAGUCUGCAGACGUGGCUGCAGAGCGUGUAUUCGCUGCUGGAACGCAUCCCGGAGAAGGAACGGGAGGACUUCAAACGCUACGAGGCCGAGGGCAACUUUGACGCCCCGGAGUACAAGGCGGCGUGUAUGCUGUUCUACACGCGCCACUUGUGCAGGUAUGAUCCGUGGCCGGAGGAGCUGGAUGCGAGCAUGAAUGCGCUCGAGGAGGAUGCUACUGUCUACGGGACGAUGUAUGGGCCGUCGGAGAUUACGUGCAACGGGGUGUUGAAGACGUGGACUGCCAUUCCCACUGCCCAUCAAAUCACCAGUCCAACACUACUGAUCAACGGCGAGUUCGACGAGGCGCAGGAGGUGGCGGUGGCGCCCUUUUUCGAGAAGAUCCCCAAGGUGAAAUGGAUUACACUGGCGAACUGCAGUCACACGGCCAUGUGGGAGGAUCGUGAGAAGUUUACGCAGGUGGUGUCAACCUUUUUGACGAGUCAAGCGUGAGCUCUGCUGCAUUGGUCGUUAGAAGGCGGCAUGUUUCUCGUGGGAGAAUUCCAGCCCCGCCAAUGUCGUAAUUGCGUGUCACCACCAACCCAAACCCGCCCU